CUCUUUCUUCACUUCAUCUACCCUCUCCAGUCUCCACUGCGCCCUGUGCUCUAAGAUUCAAUUAAAAAAUAAUACUAUUAAUUGUUGAAGGGCCGGUUCAAACCGUAAACCGGUGGUUCGCAGUUUGACACAAACCGAACCGCGGUUUGACAGUUUCGGUUCGAUUUGUGUCCGGUGUAACCGCUAACCGAAUGGGCAACUCUAGUUUUAUCCUCCCCUUCCUUCAGCGUCCUACAAUGUCUUCCCGCUUCCAGUCUGCUGUGCUAGGAUCAUCGCCAGUAUAUCCAGAUGCCAUUGUUUGGUCUGAAGAGAACUUGGUGGCCGCUGCCUGCGAUAACACCGUUUUAAUUCUGAAUCCUGGCAACCUUAAUGUUCGAGGUGUGGUAACUAUUCCUACCAGCAAGCCCUUUCCUUUAGGUGUGAUUGAUGGCGGAGAGGAAGAUUUGCUUAAUGAGUGUUUGCUGCCCUGUCAUUUAUCGUGGAAUACUCGCCCGUCUGUUAGGUCCAUAGCUUGGUCUCCUGUAGGUCUCGCUAACAAUGCUGGUUGUUUGCUUGCUGUUUGCACUACUGCGGGGCGAGUUAAACUAUAUCGUUUUCCUUUCCGUGAGUUUUCUGUGGAGUGGAUAGAGGUUGGGGACAUAUCUGAAAUGCUGUAUGAUUAUCUAACUAGUUCCAAUUUUGGGGAGUGCCAAAUUAUGUCGUUAGAAAGUUUGGACAGAGAAGCAGAGGCUGACCAUGAAUGUGCUACGGAACUGCCUGUCUCCAAUUUAAGAAAGAAAAGGAAGAGAAAUAAUGGGACAGCUGCUAAAUAUUCUGAAAGUUUGGAUGACAACAAUGUAAUGCAAAUUGUUCCGGCCUCUGUUUAUAAAGGGAAGCCUCCAUUCGACGGGAGUGAAGAUCACAAUCUCCCAUUAAUAACUGUUCAGCAGUAUGCUUCUCGCAAUGCAAUGCUGAUGUCACUUACUGUUGCAUGGUCUCCGAUUGUGAGGAGAUUGGUUAAUGAUGUCACUAUUCCUUGUGACUCUUCAAAAAGUUGUUCUAUUCUUGCUGUUGGAGGGACAGAUGGUAGAUUUUCAUUGUGGCGAGUUCAGGCACCUGAAUGCUAUUCUAUAUAUAGAACUACAUCCUCAAGUAAAGUUUCGCUUGUUGGUACUCAGAAGGCACAUAAUACUUGGAUCACUGCCAUGGAUUGGGCCCUGUGUGCUUCUGAUGACUCCAAAUCCCAAUAUCUGUUGGCUACUGGAAGUUUUGAUGGCGUGGUGAGGGUCUGGCAGAUGAAUGGUGAAGAGCUGCUAAAUAUAUCUGAAGCUAUUAAUGAUCCAUUCUCUUUGUUGAAGGAGGCUGUAACUGCUGAUUCUGCAACGGUCUCUGUACUCUCACUUACUGUCCAUUCACAAUCACCUUGGAGAUUGCUCAUGGCCAUUGGCAAAGGUUAUGGUGCAUUCGAAGUGUGGAUCCUUGACAUACUCACUAAUGAGCUUCAAAAUAUUGGCUGCUAUAAUGCACAUGACCGUAUUGUUACUGGUCUGACUUGGACUUUUGAUGGACAUUGUUUAUACAGCUGCAGCCAGGAUAACACUAUGAAGAGCUGGAUUUUAGUAGGAAAAUCUCUGUGUGAAGUACCCAUUCCUUCCAGUACUCCUUGCUUGAAAAGUGCCCCUGAUGUUCCUUAUGUUUUCACUUCUUGCUUUGGUCUGGCACUGUCACCUGGAAAUUUAGCAAUUGCUGUGGCUCGCAGGUUUGAUGUUGAUCAAUUGGAUCCCAUGUAUGAGGGAAGAAGUCAUAAAGCUGCUGUUGAAUUUUAUUGGAUUGGAGGGCAGCAACUGGAUCUUUCAUCCCCCACCUCUCCAAAGAUUGAUUGUGAAUCUUUUCCUGGAUUCCCAAAUAAAGAAUCGACUUGGUGGGAAAGCAAUGUAUUAUGGGCAUUGAAGCAGUAUGAAAAUUGCAGUAAGCUUCUGACCAUUUGGGAUGUUGUGACAGUACUCAUGGAGUUGAAGCAGUCUGCACCUGAAUAUUUAGAUCAUGUACUUCGGAAAUGGCUAAACUCUUACUUUAGGGCUCAGUUUGGAAUUUCUAUUUCUCGCUUAUCUGAAGUUGUUAAAUUUCUAUCCAAGCUUCCAUCCCGACAGUUGCAGCUCAUCAAUAUUAUCAGCAGACAUCUAGGCCCUAAAGAAAGUCGAGUAAACAAAAUGAAUAACAAACAAGAAGAAGAAGAGUGGAGUGGGUCCAAAGCAAAGGAUGUAAAUUUUUGGAUGGACUUGCUUUCAAAGAGUGAAAAUGAACUCUUGGAGAGGCUUAUUGGCUUGAAGUUUUCUGCCAUUUUGGGAGCACUAUCCAAUUCGUCGAUGUUUUCAAUUCAAGAUGGUUGCUGGAGUGCUGAUGGGCUGCCGCAAAUGGAACAGUGGGUAUCACAUAGUGUAAAGACUUUGAAAGAUCCCACUAAGGAUCUUGCAGCAGAAGUUACGAAAGUUGAGAAACGGAUCAUACACGACAUUGUAGGUUAUCAAAAAGAUGAGCAAUGCAAUUUCUGUUCAGGGCUCGUGCCAUUCGAAUCAACUGAUCAUGCCAUUUGCUGUGGAGCAAACAAUGACAGUGAGUGUAACCAGAGGCAUAAGCUACAAAGAUGCUCAAUUUCUAUGCGCAUUCUGCCUACAAAGCCCUCCUGGCAUUGCAUUUGCUGCAAAAGAUGGGCUACAAAGUUAGCCCCUAUCGUUAUUUUCACAAUGCCGGAGUAUCCAUCAGAUUUGAAAUCGUAUCUAGACUCCUCCGACUACAAGAAUUUAUCAACACCCUUCUGUCUCUUUUGCGGAACACUCUUGCAGAGAUUACAGCCGGAAUACUCUCUUUCACCAGCGCCAAUCUAAACACAUUUUCUUCAUCCUGUAUAGUUUACAAGUAGUCCAUCAAUAGUUUACGGCACUCGGGUUCUCGGAUUCAUUCUUCUUCUGAUUUCUUUGUUUAAUCAGUGUAGAUUUGCAGAAGGUUUGCUCAGCAAAGAUGGAGGAUAAUCAAGAAAUGAUCUACCAUUGUCGAACAAGCUGAUGUUGUUGCCUUCUCAAGUAAGCAUAUAGUAUUAAUUAUGUUGUCUUCUUAGGGAAAUAAAAAAAAAAAAAGGGUUUAUUACAAUUUGCUGUAUAUUUAUGAAUGUAUUUAUGUAUAAUAUGAUGCAAGCAUGAUUUGUUGAGUUUGA